CUCAAAGACACCGAUUCCUUGAUAUCUUGAACGAAACUUGUUUGUCGUUUACUUACCAAAGUUUGUGCAACAUCAAGUUAAGGUAGGGAUUAUAUCUUCUAACUGAUCAGUGGAAAAUAACUUUAGAGCUGUUGACUUACCGAGAUGCAGGCACGUAACGGAGAUGACGCCAAAUAUUUCUUCAUAGUAAGCCAAUACAGCCGCGGUAGACUGGUUAUCAAUAUUCGUGAAGGUAUCAAAAGAGGAAUUCUUGAGAUCGUGAAACCAGAACGCGGAAGACCAAGUCAGCUGUGGAGAUGGGAUGACAGUUGCAGGCUGGUCAGCAAAGUGGGCCUUGUAGCGGAUAUCAAAGAUGCGAGUAAGGAUGAAGAAGUCAUCUGUCAUGCCUGGAAAGCUCACGACGGCCUCAGCCAAAAGUGGCGAGUCGAAAAAGGAGCCAUUAGGAGUAACUUGAGUCAUCUCGUUAUCGAUAGCUCACCUCCCAGAGCUCAUGUUUUAAUGAAAAACUUCGAUGAAUGCAGUGAACACCAAAAAUGGCAUUUUGUUCCGGAGGAGGCAUGGAACGAUUUCCAACUUUCACUGACAGAGCCAAACCCCCUUAAAAAGGCGCUCUUCUGGAAAAAUAUUGCUGACAAUUAUCUUGACGUCGUCAUAGGCUACAGUAUUGAAGAGUUCGAAGCCAGAGUCCAUAAAGCUUUUGAAGUCAUAGAUGAAUGUUCCGGUUGCCUAGACGAGGUAGCAAAGGGUACUGCAAUCGCAGGAACAGUUGGUGGAAGUGUGACUGUCGUUGGAAGUGGGGCUGCGAUAGCUGGUAUUUUGUUAACUUCAGUUACAGCUGGUGUUAGUUUGGCGCUUACUGUGGGAGGAUCUAUCAGCGCGCUUACAGGAAAAGCUACAUCAUUAACAGCAAAGCUGGUACAGGGACAUCUGGACAAGGACAAGAGAAUGAAAGUCAAUGAGGCCACAGCAUCUCUAUUCUGCACCACCUAUAACUUCCACUCACUGUUGGGUGAGUACGGUAAAUAUCUACAAGAAGCCGAUGAAUAUUUAGAUAGGUUGAAGCAUGAAACGAACACAGAAUCCUUUGAGGCAAAAGUUGUGUCCGUAGAAGAGUACACAUUUUUUUGAGGCGGCUAAGGAAACCCGCAAGGUUGCUAAAAAUAUCUAUGGUCAUGCCAAGCAAAUAAAGAGGCUGGUCGCAUUUAUAAAAGCCCAUUCUUUUGCACGCGAUGGAGCGGAUGUCGGAAUUUCCACAAUUGCUGCAGCACCCGACGUUACCAUCCCAAUCGUGGGAAAAACUCUUCUGAGCGCUGGAUCAACUGGUGCAAAGGCCUUUUCCGGAUCGUUGGCUGGUUUUGGAGUGCUGACCGGCAUCUUGGAUAUAUAUUCAAACGCAACGAAAAUCACAAAUUGCAGCGAAUUAGCUCAGAAAUUUCGUCAAUCUUCUGAAUGUUUGAGGACCGAAGCCCAUAAACUAAUUCACCUUUACAGAACACUCCACGAAAAUGAAAAGUGCAUGGAGAAAUGUGAGUGAAAGUAGGCGUCGAGUUAUGUAAUCGAUAUUACUUCUUGUUUUGUUUUGUUUUGUUUUUUCAACAAAAAUUCAUAUAAAUUUACUACCAACAUUGACUUUCGGAGGCAAAUAUGGAUUAAAUUCUACUGGAAAGAUUAUUCUUAGUUUUAUUUGAAUAGCUCCGGAUUAAGUGACCGUCCAAUAUAUGGUGACCGCUGAAGUGAAAAUAACAUUAAUCAAGGGUAAAAAAUUCGGGACUUUGGAAACCGAAAAGCCUUGGAGAUUAUCAUUUACGCUUAGUUGCGUUUUAGUAUGCGGCUUAUGAGAAUUGCUAAAACGAUAAAAAGUCCAUGCUGGUUGACAUUUGACACAAGACGCAGCAUCAGCAAAGUAUUAUAACAAAAUAAAUGGGCGGAAUUCAAAGCAAAACGCAUUUAUAACUGAAAUCAUACAAGGAUAUUAAUAUCAGCGAGCGGCUCGUGAAAGUUACCGCAGACACAUGACUGUAAUGCGUGCGAAUUGUAUCGAACUCGGAACGCAGAAGUCUCUAGCACAAGUCACAUGUUUGGACCCGCCAAGAUUUUUUUUUUUUCAGGACUGAUGUUGUUUUGUGUUAAGGGUUAAGGUGUACAUAGGGUAUUAUUACACGACUCGGGCAGUCAGAGGGCCAAUAACUAAAAUCAACCAAUCAAAAUGUUCUAUUG